ACUUCGACGUUACAUCCUCCGGAUUUAUAAAAUUCACUAUGUAGUCCACUGUUUAUUGUACUAGGCAUCGCACAAUAUUUAAGAGUAAUUCAAAACUUAAAACGUCAUUUCCUACGACGUAGGGCGCCAUCUACCUCCCGCGACAAGAACUGUCAUUCAUUGUUUUUGUGCGGGCAUCGCAACAGCUUUCGCUUUGAAAAAUUAUAAAAAUUUGAAAAUAUAGUGAGUGAAAUGGGAAAACGUAAACACAAGGAUAAGGAUUCGUAUUAUAGAAGAAAGUACAGGCGCCUACAGGAUCGGAUUCGAAGAGGAGAAUACUCAAGUGAUGAAAUAAAUCAAGAUGAAUACGGAUCGACAACUUCGAGGUCUGGGUCCCCAAUAUCGGGUGAUGAACGAAUUUAUUUGUCCGAGGUUGAAAACUCGGACCCCCAACAAACAACUUUGCGGUCAGUAAUACAGGCGGCUCCGACGACCGCGCCCGACAACAGGCACCCUCCUGGCGAUGACGGCAACGUCGCAUCUACAUCGGCGGAGCCACAGCCGGGACCAAGUGGACUGUCAUCGAACAGCAACAGGCCGGCCUUGUCUGGAGAUAUAUUGGAGGCAUUGGGUGACCCAAAGGCCAAGGGUGAGGUUUUCGGACCAAAAAUUUUAGAUGAGAUAUCUGAACGAUGGGGGCGUGUAUUAGUAGACGGCCUUACAAAGGAACAAAAGGUUGACAUUCAGGAGAAAAACCUUGUCCCUGAAAAUUUCAAGCUAGCUAAAGCACCUUUGUUAAAUCAGGAAGUCAUAGGGGUACUGGGAGAAUCGGUAAAAAAUCGUGACAAAUUAUUAGAAAAAUCGCAGAAUCACCUCGGUCUAGGCAUUGCCUCUCUUGCAAGUUUUACUUCAUCGCUCAUAGAAAAUGACUUGGGCAAAAUAGAUAUUAUAAAAAAGAUAUCUGACAUUACUCAGAUAUUCCUCGACUUACAUAAUGAGAACACCAAAACUAGAAGGAAGUUGGUAAUGUCAUCGUUGGAUAAAAAUUUCAACACCAGUAUAACUGAUGUAAAAAGGGACAAAUAUCUUUUUGGUGAUAAUUUGUGGGAGAAGAUCAGAGCUGUUAAGACAGCUGAGAGAUCGGGUCAUCACAUACGACGAUCUGAUAAUAUGAACCAAAGAAGAUACCCGUCACAACAGGGAAACUGGCGCGGCCCGCCCCGACAAUACAAUCAACGGCUACCCAAACAGGGUGGGCAGAGGAGGCAACAGUACCAGCCGUACCGGAGAGCACCAGCCCCGUCCGCGCUGCCGAACGAGUGCGCGCCUUACCCGAGCCGGAGCGCCCCGCCGCCGCCGCCGCCGCCGCCGCCGCCGGGCAGGCCGCCGCGCAGACCCCACUAGAGGUAAUUCCCCACGCUGGCAGACUACGUUAUUUUUUUAAUAACUGGGAAAAAAUUACAACAGACCCAUCUGUCCUAGACUAUAUUCAAGGUUACACUAUACCUUUCACCAAAUCGGUGGCACAAUUUAAUGAACCAAAAAAUUGUUUAUUCAGUGAGACUGAUUGUAAAGAUUUAGAUUUAGCAAUAAAAAGCCUUCUUGAUUUAGGUGCAAUUAAAAGAUGUUCAUAUAAAUCAGGUCAAUUCAUAUCACCAAUAUUUCUUACACCUAAGAGUGACGGGUCUAAGAGGUUUAUUCUUAAUUUAAAAAGUCUUAACAAAUAUAUUAACGCACCUCAUUUUAAAAUGGAGGAUUUUCGUACAGCUACAAAAUUAGUAACAAAGGAUUGCUACAUGGGAUGUGUAGAUAUUAAAGACGCCUA